AUGGCCGACUCUCCAGCCCCGCCGAAUGGCGAGAGCCAGGCGACCGACGGCGACGUCGCCAUGGCCGAGGCCGAUGCGCCUGCGGUAGCCUCGCCCGAGGAGAAGAAGGAGGUGAAGCUGGAGGAGCUGUUCGCAGACGCAGACUCAGACGACGACUUCCCGAGUUCAAGACCGCAAGAUACGCCGUCGUCGAGUUCCCCUGAGAUCGCGACACCCCCUUCUCCGACAGAUAUUGCCAGUUUGAAAGCAUCAGACCCCGAGGUCAUGCGCAGUUUCUACCAACGCCUGUUCCCUUGGAGAUACCUAUUCCAGUGGCUCAACCACAGCCCCUCCCCGACGAACGAUUUCGGCCACAGAGAAUUCGCCUUCACGCUGCAGAACGACGCAUACCUCCGAUACCAAUCCUUCGCGACCCAUGAUCUCCUCCGCAAAGACGUCCUCCGCCUCAUGCCCUCCCGUUUCGAAAUCGGCCCCGUCUACAGCACGAACCCGCGCGACCGCAAGACCCUCCGCAACGCCAGCGCCUUCAAGCCCCUGGCCAAGGAGCUCUGCUUCGAUAUCGAUUUGACGGACUACGACGACAUCAGAACCUGCUGCGACAAGGCCAAUAUCUGCAUUAAGUGCUGGCAGUUCAUCACCAUGGCGAUCAAGGUCGUCGACGUCGCGCUGCGCGACGACUUCGGCUUCAAGCACAUCAUGUGGGUGUACUCCGGACGAAGAGGUGCCCACGCCUGGGUCUGCGAUAAGAAGGCCAGGACCAUGGGCGACCAGAUGAGGAGGUCGAUCGCAGGGUAUCUGGAGGUCAUCAAGGGUGGUGCGCAGAGCGGGAAGAAGGUCAACCUGUGGCGGCCCUUGCACCCUCACCUUUCACGCAGUUUGGAAACGCUCAAGUCCCACUUCCAAGAGGACGUACUCGAGGCGCAGGACCCCUGGGCGUCUAACGAACGCGCUGAGCGCCUCCUUCAGCUCCUCCCGGACAAGAAACUCAACGACUCCCUCCGCCAGAAGUGGGAAGCCGCCCCGGGUCGCCACUCCGUCUCCAAGUGGGCCGAUAUCGACGCAGUGGCCAAGAGCCGUGGAAACAAGAACCUCGACACCAAGGCGCUUCUCGAGGCCAAGCAGGACAUCGUGCUCGAGUACACCUACCCUCGCCUCGAUAUCGAGGUCAGCAAGAAGCUUAACCAUUUGCUCAAGUCGCCUUUCGUCGUGCACCCCGGCACAGGACGUGUGUGUGUACCAAUCGACACCAAGAACCUGGAGUCCUUCGACCCGCUUGGAGUGCCGACGGUGCAGGGUCUCCUAGCCGAGAUUGAUGCGUGGAAGGGAGACGCCGACGGAGCCGAGACCCCGCAGAAGAGCGUGCAGGAUUGGGAGAAGACGAGCUUGAAGCCAUACGUGGAGCAGUUCCGUUCCUUCGUGAUCGGCCUGAUGAAGGACGAGAGGGACGUUAAGGUCAAGAGGGAGAGAGAAGAGGAAUCGAUGGAAUUUUGA